GCAUUUCCUACGUGACUAGCCUAGCAUUUCCUACGUGACUAAUCUAUUUUAAAUUCCGUUCCUCUCUUCCUAUGCAAUCUAUUACCUAUUAAAACUGCCAAAAUAUUUUUAAACAAGAUCUGAGAAUUUCCUUCUCAGCUUCUGAUCUUUGCACUCGUUAGGUUUGCAGACACGUCACUGGCAAACCAACUGGUAGUGACGGGUUAAGUCUUUCGGAUGAAAUUUCAAAUUGACAGCUACCUUAAAAUUUUCUGUUUCCCAGAUCUCACGGAGUGAGGGAUAAGUACAUGCAAGUCAAGGACUCCUACAGAUCACCUGCUGCAAAACUUGGUCUGCGGAACCUAUAAAUGCGUAUUCCUACUCAAUUAUCCUUUUCCCCAAGUCCUUACAACAUUUAGGCUUACUGGAAGUGUCUUUUCUUAUCUUAAGCUUUGUGAACCCUGAGGUUGCAAUGUUUCUCCAUGAAUAAGGUCACACACCUCUAUAUUCCAGGCCUGCAUGUUCCACGUGUGUUUGCAAAUUCCACACUCGGCCUUAACAAGCACAAUGAGUCUCUCGCUUCCCUGCACCUCGGUGCCAAGUUUCUGUAACCCACUUCCAAGCAAAACUCUCCUUCCGCUUUAAAAAAGAAAACUACACUCGGAGAGAGAGAAUACCCAGAUCGAAAAUUAAAACUGUAAGUGCAACACUUUCAUAAAGUAAACAAACCAACAAAAAGAUUUUGCCUCGGGAAGGUAGGCGCGCGCACCACCACGUAACCCAACCACAUCCCCGCGCGCCGCGAAACGACCCCGGCCGGGUUAGAAGGGACUCAGCACCCCCGGUUUUCUGGGAGGGGAGCCGCACAAGUCAGGCCCGUUGCCUUGCUCGCCCUCUUCUCGGUGCCCCAGCGCACCGAAUUUCUCCGGGAAUCGCCCACGCGAUCCCGAUGCCGCCCUCUCCUUCCGGCGGCGGCCGCGCGGGGCUCGCUCCCCUGGACGCCCGCCCGCCAAAUGCCUGCGCGGCGCCUCCGCCACCCUAAGUUCGUCCGCGGCCGCACGAGCACGAACGCGUCCCGCACUUGGCGGACAGCGAGUUGAUGUUUUCACCGCCUCAGGGUGCACAACCCCAAACACGGGUGAUCUCCAGCUCCCCAGUGCACAUCUUGUCUGUUGGAGAAGCCAGGACAGACUGAGAAUUAUUUUUGUUGUUAUUUAGCCUGAUAACUCAUGAUGAACCUGCCGAUGUUGAAUUGAUGAAGAAUGUUUCAACUUCCGUGCAGUUUUAAGAGUGAUCUCAGAAUUGCCUCCAUAAACAAAGUGGCCCAAGGCGGUGCAGGGCAAUGAGCUGAAGACUUAUGGUUGAGUUUUUGUCUUCUAUGAAACCACCUCCAACCUUGGAGGCUGAAAAUGCCAGACACCGACUGCACCGCACUUAGCAAGGACCUGGGCUAGUCACCUGCUUAUGGGAUCUGCAAGGGAGUCAGUCUGCUGACAGGAUGAAGUUUCAAGGUGUAAAGCUUUGCAAGAAAUGGAUUUAAUUAAAACUUCUAAGUCAGACUGUUACUGCUACAAUCAAAAUUCCCAAAUGGAAUGGAAAUACAUAUGGUCAACUGUGCAGGUGACAAUGACCAGUUCCAGCCUGCUCAGCGUCGUAUAUAUCACAGAAAGAUACAAUUGCCAGUAUCCAGAAACCGUUCUAUCUUUAAUCAAAUGUGUGAUUCAUAAAUUUUGGACACCGAAGGAGUCUAAUGAAAUAACCAUAAUCAUCAAUCCAUACGGGGAGACUGCGUGCUUCUCUGUGAAGCCAGUCAAGAAUUAUACAAUACGCGUGAAUCGAAACAUUGUAGAUUUCAAACUCUUCCUUGUGUUUGUGGCAGGCAUUUUCCUCUUCUUCUAUGCAAAGACCUUGAGUCAAAGCCCUGCUUUUUAUUAUUCUUCGGGGACUGUGCUAGGUAUUCUAAUGACAUUAGUCUUUUUCCUGCUGCUGGUGAAAAGGUUAAUUCCUAAGUAUAGCACCUUUUGGGCUUUAAUGGUUGGUUGUUGGUUUGCUUCAGUUUAUGUGGUGUGCCUACUGAUGGAAGAUCUGAAAUGGCUGUGGUAUGAAAACAGAAUAUAUAUAUUAGGCUACGUCUUGAUAGUUGGAUUUCUCAGCUUUGCUGUUUGUUACAAACAUGGGCCCCUUGUUGAUGAGAGGAGCGUGAAUCUCCUGACAUGGACACUGCAGCUCCUUUCCCUGCUUCUGAUCUAUUACGGGGUCACCGUGCCUCAGUUCGCGUAUGCAGUUAUGAUUCUCAUCCUGUUCUCCAGGAAUCUGUACUACCCCAUGAAAGCCUUCAGUUAUAUGCAGUGGAAAAUGAAGAAAUGGUUUACAUCAGAAAAGCUGGCAGUUUCGUAUCUUACUGAAGAUGAAUACAGGGAACAAGCUGAUGCUGAAACAACCAGUGCUCUGGAGGAACUGCGCCAAGCCUGCCGCAGACCCGACUUCCCGUCGUGGCUGGCCAUCUCCAGACUGCAGACUCCAAAAAAGUUUGCAGAAUUUGUUCUUGGAGGAAGCCACUUGUCUCCUGAAGAAAUGAGUCUUCAUGAAGAACAGUACGGCCUUGGGGGUGCCUUCUUGGAAGAACAGCUCUUUAACCUGAGUACUUCCUGACAGUCUACCGCACAUGCACUUCCUUCUGGACACGGAAGUGGUUAAAGGGCAAGGAGCCUGUUAAAGUUGUUCUAGGGACCAGUGACAAAGGCAUUUGCUAUGGAGAAAAAUCAGAUUGCACUGGAAAGGAAAACUAAACUCUAUUGAAGAUAACUGAUCACUCUUGGCCAGUUCUGCUAUUUAUUGUACUGUAGGUGGCCACCAAGAUCCUAUGGCAGUAUCCCAACUUUGCCUGAAUGAAGACUUUCAUUAGGAACAAGGGAAUUCUGUUGAUCUUCAAGGGGCCAGUAAGUAUGAACCGGUGCUUCGCCAACAAAAGGGCCUUAAAUCCUUUUAAUCCCCAGAGCCUGUGUCAAAAGACUGCAUUGCUCUUCCUGUAUGUUAUUCAUAAAGGUGCUGGCAGAGACCUGAGAUAUGCGGGACCAGUGUUUUCCAAAGUACAGUCCACAGAUGCUUAUAGGCAUUAGUCAUAAAGGGAUUCUGGUCAACUAAGAUUGAUACAAAGUUAAAAAAAUGUACCGCAGGACUUCUCAGAACUUUUAAUAACACUGACGCACACUGAAUCUCCUAAAGAAGAGAAAUUGUGUGUAGCAGUUUCGACUCAAUUUGACCACAGAACUAUUUUUCCUGAGAUUAAUAUUCCUUGGAACACAUGUUUGGAAAAUGCUCAUGAUGGAGAAAUUGAGGUUCGGGGAGGUCGAAUAACAUCCAAGACCACAGAGCUAUUUAAAGGCAGCACCGGGACUAGACCUUCAGCCCUAGCAUUGCCUACGACUCAGGUAGAAGGGACCUUUAGAGGAGAGCCAAGAGAUCAUCUCCCUACAGCCUCGGGUCUCACAAUAUUGGUGACUUUAUUUUUUAAUAAUGGCCAGCGAGCUAUUUGAUAACUGUGACAAAGAAACAUUUCCUAAGAUUAUAUUUUAAAGUUUUGAGAAGACUUUUGUAAACAUAUAUAAGGAUUAGAAAUUAGAAUUACUUUCUGUAUUUUUUGUAUGUUGAAAUUGAAGCUAUUGAACCUCUUGUGGCAUUUUGAGUUGACUGGUCCUUUUUUAAAAGUUGCUUAGUUUUAUAUGUUUGUAACAAUUUCCUACAAAACAGAUUUAUGAUCUUUAUUUCCCUAUUGAACUCUAUUUAAGGGUUUAUGGAUUUGUGAUCUUUCUUACAGAGAAUAAAUCUUUUCUUGAUUCAUGAUGAUAAACUCCAGAGUAAAGUGAGGGAUCAGCUGAGCUCUGACCCUGAAGAAAGGCCUAAACAUAGGUCUAAGAAAAGAUCUGAACAUGGCAAAGCAAUCUAAGGGUUAAGAUGUUGCUAAACUGAUUCUCAGUAAGAAUCAAACUCAGGCUUUUUUUUUUUUGCUGCGAUUGAAUCAUAAUAGAGGCAUAAAGGAGGAGGAAUCUCAAGAGAGGUUAAGGUGGUCGGAUGUGUAGAGAGUUUAGGCACUGUUUUUCCUGGGCCAGAUUUAGUAGAGUUGUUUUAAAUUGUUGAAUAAGAGCAUGGCUACCCAUUUAAAAAUUUCUAGAUUGAUUUUUAAAUAUUUCUUCUUUAAGCAGUGUGUGUUUUACAGGUCUCUGUUUUUGCCAGAUACCUUUUCCUGUUAGGAGUUUUGCUAUUUUUGUGAAAUGCACCAAAUUCAAUCUGUGUUUUCACAGACUCUGAUUUUAAAAAAUCAAAGAAAGUAUCUUUUAUUCAGAUUUAUGAUGAUGAUGUUUUAUAAAUGUAAACAGUUCUAACAUAUUUUUGUUAUAGCUCAGUCUGAUCUUUUUUAUGUUUAUUGGUGAUAUAUUAUAAAUGUAUCAGAUGCGUCAAUGGUCGUGCUCACCAUGUUCAUCUCCCAAGAGGCAGUUUGUGUCCUACAAAAUGUGUGUGUGUGAAUCGCAGGAAACAGUCCGCUGGAAUUCCCAGGGCACAUCCCAGCCAAGACAGCUACUGGGUCUCACCUGUGUCAGGGUGAACAGUUGCUGACAAUAGAAGGAAGCAGUUUCUAGUGGGCCAAGCUGGGUGUAAUCAUUACAAUAGCCAAAGAACGAAGAAAAGAGCGACAAUCUUCCAGGAUGUUGUUUUGGGUGUUCAGUUUUAGAAGAAAUCAUGGAUUUGUCAUUGUCUGUUAUACAAGUACUGUAAAAAGCGAACAAUU